GCAGCCAAAAAAAACUCCAAACGCUUUUAACCAACCAAAACAAUGGAACCAUGAACAAAAGAUGAGGAUCUUACUCUGCAAUUCCUCGUCUUCGCUCCUCCUAUCAUCACCAUCUCCGCCAACACCAACCAAAAAAUCCCCAAUUCUCCUCACCACCAACAACAAUUGGGUCAGAAAAGCCCUACUUGGAGCCUUCAAUGGAGCUCUCUCUUUGAACAUUUUACUAUCUUCUCCAUUUUCACUUGCUGCAGAAUCUCCUUUACAACUACAAUCGCCUUCUAAUCCUUUGACGGAGCAGUGCCUUCAAGAAGAAAAGCUAGAAGAGAUUACCGGACCUCAAACGGUGACCAAUGAAGGAAUUGUGGAGGAAGCUUGGCAGAUAGUUAAUGACAGCUUUCUCAACGCUGGGCGCCAUCGAUGGACUCCUGAAUCCUGGCAGCAAAAAAGGGAAGAUAUAUUAAGCACUUCCAUUCAGAGUAGAUCAAAAGCUCAUGAUAUAAUUAGGAGGAUGCUAGCCAGCUUGGGUGACCCUUAUACACGUUUUCUUUCACCUGCAGAGUUCUCGAAGAUGGCAAGGUAUGACAUUACUGGUAUUGGAAUAAACCUUAGGGAAGUUCCAGAUGAGAGUGGAGGAGUGAAACUGAAGGUACUAGGACUCCUACUGGAUGGGCCUGCCCACACUGCUGGUGUAAGACAGGGGGAUGAAGUCUUAGCUGUUAAUGGAGAGGAUAUCAGUGGGAAAUCAGCAUUUGAAGUAUCAUCUUUGUUGCAAGGCCCAAAUGAAACAUUUGUGACUAUUAAGGUGAAGCAUGGCAAUUGUGGGCCUAUUGAAUCUAUAGAAGUUCAGAGACAACUCAUUGCUCGGACACCCGUUUUUUACCGCAUGGAACAAGUAGACAAAGGUGCCACUUCUGUUGGGUAUAUUCGCCUUAAAGAGUUCAAUGCAUUGGCCAGAAAAGAUUUGGUAAUUGCAAUGCAGCGACUUCAAGAUAUGGGUGCCUCAUAUUUUGUUUUGGAUCUUAGAGAUAAUCUUGGUGGACUUGUACAGGCUGGAAUUGAAAUUUCCAAGCUCUUUCUAAACGAAGGGAACACGGUGAUUUAUACUGUUGGAAGGGAUCCUCAAUAUCAAAACACCAUAGUUGCUGACACUCAACCAUUGGUUACAUCUCCUGUUAUAGUUUUGGUGAACAAAAAAACUGCCAGUGCAAGUGAAAUUGUUGCUUCUGCACUUCAUGAUAACUGUAAAGCUGUCCUUGUGGGGGAAAGAACUUUCGGCAAGGGUUUGAUUCAAUCUGUCUUUGAGCUUCGCGAUGGAUCUGGAGUGGUUGUGACUGUUGGGAAGUAUGUGACACCGAAACACAUGGACAUAAAUGGCAACGGAAUAGAGCCUGAUUAUGAAAAUAUUCCAGCUUGGGCUGAUGUGACAAGGCAUUUGUCGCAAUGCAAUAUGAAUAAAAAACGAUGAUGCUCCUUACCUAUUUCUUAAAAAUUUAUGCAUAUUGAAGUAAAGCCAUGAAAUAAUCAGCUGCAGUAGAAUGACAAUUGUACUGGGAAAGAUAGCAUCUAAUCCAUGUGAACUGAGAAGCGUAUGUUGACCCAAGGCAUCUACUUCAGCAAAGUUUCCAAUGAGCUAGCUGCUUCACAAUUUACAGUUUGAAGGUGAACUUGUAAUGGAAAUUUUUCUUCACAAGAAGCAAAAGAAUGAACCCUUGAAGAAGUUUGGAGACUAGGAGCACUUGGAGAAUAAAGAACAAUUUUAUUUCUUCCUUAGCUUAAAGAUGUGAUUACAAAUGGAAUUCUUUACUUAGAACUUGUGAUAGGUUUAGAUUUCACCAAAAAAAUGCAUGUUUUUGAACUUUCACAUUUUUAUACAUCGAGUCCUCGUUUGAAAAUGGAAAAGUGCAUGCUAGUCCUUAAAGUU